GACGGGAGAGAGAGUUGCACGGACUGAGUGGAAAAAGAAAAAGUCCGUGGAAAGAGAGGGAGAAAAGUGGAUCGGGCAUUUGUGCCUCCUCGGUUGUUUUGAUUUUGUCGGCUUCGCCUCGUGUUUCAGCGAGAAGCCUUGAAUAUGCAACUUCGCAGCGUAUAUAAAGUAAUCAGGAGUUCAGCGCGGACACGGUGCUCCUCCAUCGGCACGACGCGCUCCGAUAUCUGACCGUAAAAGAGCGAGUCUGUCCGGCCACAAGGCAACAACGAGCGUCCUCCACGUUGGGGAGGAAAAACAAAACACGAAAACUCCAAACAGACCGGGGGAGGACGAGUGAAGGGGCUGGAUUUGAGGAGGAAAAGUUUUUUUGAGUGCGAUCCUGAGCUCACCAAGAGGAAGAAGUUCAGUUCAUCUGUAUCUCUCUCUCUUUCUAACUCACUCUCUUUCUCAGUUAGCACGACUGCUAACGAAGCGGCUAUACUCUCCAACAUGAAGACCCCGGGCGAUACGGGGUUUACCUUCCCAGACUGGGCCUACAAGCCGGAAUCAAGUCCUGGUUCCAGACAGAUCCAGCUCUGGCACUUCAUCCUCGAGCUGCUGCGGAAGGAGGAGUACCACGAUGUCAUCGCCUGGCAGGGGGAUUACGGUGAAUUCGUCAUUAAAGACCCGGAGGAGGUGGCACGACUGUGGGGCGCCCGCAAGUGCAAGCCCCAGAUGAAUUAUGACAAGCUCAGCCGAGCACUCAGAUACUACUACAACAAAAGGAUCUUGCACAAGACCAAAGGGAAAAGAUUCACCUACAAGUUCAACUUUAACAAGCUAGUGCUGGUCAACUAUCCGUUCAUUGACAUGGGCUCUGCAGGUUCUGGUGUUCCACAAAGUGCACCGCCUGUCCCAUCUGGUGUAAGCACUCAUUUCCGCUUCCCUCCAUCCACACCAUCGGACGUCCUCUCUCCUAGCGAGGAACUGCGCAGUCCUGGUGUCUUCAGUGCUGUGCCUCGACGCAUUGCUCGUGGCUCUGUCUCCGACUGCAGCGAUGGCACCUCCACCAACUCAGAGCUUGAGGAAACUGGCAUAGCUCCUGGUGAUGACCGCCCGGCCGACCGUGCCUUCAGAAACCUUCUCCAUCCGCGCUUGUCCCACGACUCUUUGUUCCGUGUCUACGGUGCACCGCCAAACCCAACUGGGCUCCCCAGGAGCGGGCCCCAUGGGCCCCCACACAGGGUCCACCCUGAAUCCUUGUCUCCAUUCCCACUGUCCCCUCUCCCAGGCCCGGGAGGCUUGCUGGUUCCUGCUCUUUCUCCAGCUCUCUCCAUGACCCCUACAUCUCACAUGCCCUACACACCUUCUCCAUCCCUGUCACCCAUGCUAGGCUCCCACUUCUCAUUCAAUCCAGAAGACAUGAAGCGCUACCUGCAGGCUCACACUCAGAGUGUCUACAACUAUCAUCUGAGUCCUCGUGCGUUCUUGCACUACCCCAACAUCGUCAUCCCCCAGCCCCAGCGCCCAGACAAGGGACUGGGAGGGCCAGCGGGUAUAGGUCCACACUUGUCAAGUCACCCUCUGCACCACCAGGCUGAGGAGCCUCAUCUAUCUCCAUUCAAGUUUAAGUUACAGCCCCCACCACUGGGUCGCAAACAGAGAGAAGGGCCAAACCCGGCUGGAGCAGGACAUGCUCCAAAUUCUGGAAGCGCUACUGCUUCCUUCUCUUACAGCAGGGAGCCUGGUUCAUCCUCAAACUCUGCUUCAUCUGGAAUGAUGACCAAUAACUCAACCCCAGCUGGUCCACCAAAGAUCAAGGUUGAGCCUAUCUCAGACAUGGAGUCGGAGGAAGAAGUUGAGGUCACUAACAUCAGUGAGGAGGAGCAUGAAGAUGACGAAUGUGAUGUCUUUUCCCCUCCCCACCCCAAUGGUGGCCUCGCCCCUCCACCCAACCACGAUCGCAUGACUUAUGAUGAUGAUCUUGAGGAAGACGUCUUCAAGACCCCAGCUGCCCCUACCUCAGGGGUUGGGGCAAAUCUUUUAGGUCUUAAAGCAGAACCCCGAGAGCUAAACCUGGGCCAGGGCGCUCCCAUUAGCCCCGGGGGUACACACUGCAUCCCUCUGAAGCUACGUUUUAAACGGCGCUGGAGUGAGGACCAGAGAAUGGAGGCGGGAACCGAAGAGGCUGAGGACAAGAAGAGCAGGGCAGAGAGGGAGGAAAUUACCCAGGAGGUGGAGCCUAAACUGGGGAAGGAAAAUGGAGACCGGAAGAGUCCGGACACUUUGGCUGCACCCCUGGGGACGGGCCAGAGGAGGGUGAGCUCUGAGCUGCAGCGAGCGACAGCACAACUGUCUUUAGAAAACAACAUUUUCUGAAGAGGAUGUGGUUAAACACAAACUUACCAACACAGAACUGUCCUCCUUAAGGGCUGAAGGCAACUGUUGCUCUUAAAAGUUACGUGAAGACCAUCCAUUCAGCAAGUUCAGAUGCUCAAACCACCUUUCAGACUUCUGUACAUGCAGGUUCACUCACUUCAAAAUUUUGCAACACUAAAAAUGAUUAAUACUGACAUCUUUUUAAUGCAUUUUAAGUAACCAGGCCCCUUUCUCAAGUUUAGCCAGAGCCACUUGCUUACCAGACCCAUUCCUUUUUGUUUGCUGUGUUAGACUAACAUCAUCCCACUAGUCUCAUUGAAUUCUUUUUUUGCCCCUAGAAGCUCUCUGUUAGGAUUUAGGGAUCAACCCAAUACUUUUAUUUAUUUUAUUUUUUUUAAAUAAAGAGAUUACAGAAGUGCCUAAACUGGACGUUGAUGCACCUCUGUAAAAUCUGGGUAAAGAUGGUGGUGAUAAAUUUUUUCAGUUUUUUUUUUUGGUCUUGUCGUUCAUGCCCUUGAAAUGUAGGGUCACAGGCAAGUGGACAUUGACUUUUUUAAACAGACACUCUUUGAUGAAGUGAAAAAUGCAGGAAGGAUGCUGGCCAACCCCCCACUCCCCACUCAAUCAUAGUUCUCAGACUUUGCGAUUACAGACGCUCUUUCUUGUUUUUUGCAUACCAAGAUUCAAGUCCCAGACUUUUUGCAGAACCAGCUUGCCUUUCGCUCUCAAACCAGGACCUUCAUGUCUCUGUCUUCAGAGCCAUUAAUGCUAGCGUGCUAUCAGCCUUCACUCCCGGCUCCGGACACCAACUUUACCAGCUGUCCAGCAAGCUCAGCCGGCUGACGGGACCACUCAACAACCUCUUAACGUAUCUUAACACAUGUGUAUAUACAUUGGGGGAUUCAUUUUAUAUAUUUUAGUCCAUCUUAAUGACCACCAGCUGGAUGACAAAUUAUAGAUCACAUGAUUAUUCUUUCUCCAACAUGUUAUUUAUUUAUUUUUCAUAAUGCAGUUGUAACGCUGAGGGAACGUAAUAGGAACGUUGGGGCAACGUAUCAGAGGGCGCUUUAUGGUUUUAGCUUCGUAAACAUCCCUAAAACCACUUAAACAAUCCUGUACACCCUGCUGUUUUGUAAAGAAGGCAAAUCUUCAUGGUUUGUUGGCGGUAAAUCUCAGGCAUACCUCCCCACAUCCCUUUCCGCUAUCCAACAGGUUGUCUUUGAAUAUAAAGCCUUCAGCUGAACAAACAUUGUGCCUUUUUACAGAAGCCUGACCGCCCAGUGCUUUUAAAUAGGUUACUUUAUCGACACGUACAAACUCACAUAAAGGAGAGGCCUUAGAAACAUGACCUCAAACACUGCUUUUAUGCCUUAUUUAGUUUUGUACCUUAAAAGAAACUAUCCUAAAUAAGAUUUGCAUUUAGAGUCCAUAUAUUCUCACUUUAUUGCACGAUAGUCAUAUAUAUUUGAUAAAAGAACAAACGCUGGUUUUGAUACAAAUUAUAUUUCAGAAGGUAAAUCUAUAUGGUAUAUCUAUGUAAGGGGGAUGUUUAGUUUCAGGGCCCUACAGUGCUUUACUGUGAAAGAAAAGUGUUGUUAUAGACAAAGUUAAACAUAACUGACCAAUCGUUGAGAACCCCGAAUGGCACAGCUGUACUUGGCCUUAUAAGGUCUACGUAUAGUUUUAACUCGACCCGUCACAUUUGCGUUCUCCAUCUCAGUCUCUCUGCAGUGUUUUAGUUGUAGGAGGCUGUUCUUUAUCUACGAUGAUCAAGAUUGAACAGGUAACACAUCCUAUUUGGCUUAGCGUUUGGCUACGGCCAGCUCCAUUUGUAGCAAAAUGCAGGGACUUCGUAGUCAAUGACGUCCUCGAGAAAGGGACCUCACUUCACCAAACUGUCAACUAGAAAGUGGACAUUCAGCCUCUUAGCCCUGAUCUAAGGAGGAAGUAUAGGACCUGACACACUUAACACUCAUUUUUUCCCCUCUUUUUACUUUUUUGGAGUUUGUUUGGCGGCCUUACACCGGUUCAGUAUCUGUAUUUUAACUGACAGCUGCCUUAUUUGUUAGAAAAUACUUUGUUUUCCUCUCAUUCGCUAUUUGAUAUAAAAAGUGCUGUUUUAUUAUACCUUUUUUGUUUAUAUUACCAUUUAUCAUUUUAAUGUUGAUAUUAUUGCUGGUAUUUCGUUUGUAUCCCUUACCUGGAUUUUAACCUGUUAAGAUGAACAUUUUAAUAAAGCGUAUUCCUGUACCCUCUUUGAUACCAUGAUAUAAAAGUGCUCUGGCUUUGUAUUAUUGCUGGUUUUUAGUUGUAAUGAAGAAAACCAGAUGAAGAGGGAGGGUGACAUUAUGCUAUCACAUUUUUAUUUUAAUGUCUCUUUUUUUUUUUUUUUUUGGUUGUGUACAUAUAUAAAUAUAUAUUUUCCAUUUUGAGGGGAUGAUGUAAGAAAAAGACAAAUAUUUCUUUGUGUUCAAGGUCUCUCCUUUUGCUUCUUUCUUAAAGCUUUCCAUCUCUUUCUCAAUGGUUAUGUAAUACUUUGUAAAGAGAGGCGAAACUUGAUGUUACAAGGAACCAUGUAUACUUUAGUUUCUCAUGUGGUUUCUUUUGCUCUUGUAAUUAAAACUGUAAUCAGGGUUCAUUAAAACAGGUAAAAACG